AUGGCUUCCAUCCUCCGUCUCUCUGUUCAACGAGCUGCUCCUUCUUUCAUGGCUCGGUCUUUCUCCGUAUCGGCUGUCAAGAUGGAUCUCGUCCAAGACCUUUACGUCAACCAACUCAAAUCCUACAAGCCUGCUGCUAAGUCUGCCGAUGCCCACGUCGGUGUAGUCAAAUCAUUCAACGCCCCUAAGCCACCAACUGCCCCAACUCUCCCUUCAGACCUCGCUGCCGAAUUAUCCAAAUUCGACGCUGAGGAACCUACCAUCGGUGGAUCAACUAAAGCUUCAGCUACCACCGCUUCUUCCACCGAAGGAGAAAGCGCUGAUGACUAUUUGAAGUUCCUCGAAAAGGAUUUACCUAAAGCUGAUGCCCAUCAUUAG